UUCCUCAUGUUUCCUGGAGGGUCUGGCUCACAGGAACCGUUUUCUCACCGCAGGAACCAAUCGAGCUUAUCAGUCUCAGACUCGCAGCCAAACGUUGGGCUUUUAUCCCCACUCAUCAACUCAGAGGGAACUGCAGCCUUUACACAAGGCGUGGCUCCUGGAUCAGGCUCUCACUGGCCUAUUCAGACAUCUGCCUCUCCUGUGCGAGGUAGUUUGCAAUCAACACAAGACUUUGCACUGUCUAUUCCUCCGCAUAUUCCAUCCUCAACUCUGAAUACCAGCGCGAACCAAUCUCACGCUUUGCUGAACUCGAACUACCCACUCGUAGGGUCGACAGCACAGCCAUCUGUCGAGGACAUUACGCCCAUCAAACAAGAAAUUGGGUCUGAAGAUCCACGCGGCCUUGGCAUCUCACCAUACCCCAUGUCAGUAGUAUCAAACACGUACUUUGCUGGUCCAAUGCAGCACAAUCCUCACCGUAUGAAGCUUAUCCAACCGUGGUUCAAAAAGCGUUUACUGACCCUUUCAGAAUAUGCCUGGGCAAACCGACCCUAUCAGCCUUUGCAGCCACCAGCAGGGCACAUGAGCCCGCCAUUUCCAUCUUCACAUCCAACCUAUCCUCCACCUGGUUAUCCAAUGGGAUAUCCAAGCCACUCAAGUGGAUCACAGCACGGAUACCAACAGCAAGAACCCCAAUUACCGGCCUCUUAUCUCGCAACACCUGGCAACGCCUCCCGCCACAGCCAACCUCGAAGUCCGCCCCUCCCACGUUCUUAUCAUCCUCACCCUGUUUCCGGUACUCCUCCUCUGCCCGAACAGCCUCUUAUGACCUCACCUCCUUCUUAUAUGAUGAACCAACCCGCUUAUUAUUUCCCCGAAACGUCAGCUAUUCCAUCGCAAUCGCAUCCUACCUCUCUCAGCUCUCAACCACCGUCAAUGAUCGCACACGAUCCGACAUACUCUUCACCAGAAUCAGCCGCUGCCACAGACCCUGAUCGCCCGAUGCGAGUGGUCAGUUCACGCCCAAGACCGCAAUGCUGGGAUCACGGAUGCAAUGGCCGUGAGUUUUCGACAUUCAGCAAUCUCCUCCGACAUCAGCGCGAAAAGUCGGGGGUAGUGGCUAAAGCCGAAUGCCCGGUAUGCGGCGCAGUAUUUACACGUACGACAGCACGCAAUAUUCACGUUGCUCAGGGCAAGUGCAAAAGCCCAGGCCGAGAAUCAUCUGCCGAAUAG